GCUUUAUCAUAUACAGUGUCUAAAGGACGGAAAGCUUUUGGCCUCGACGUUGGCCGGAUGGUUAAAUCCAACCUCCAGACGAUUCUGAAUAGUCAUUGUUUUGUCAGAGAAAAGGAAAGAAAUAUAUCCAAGAUGCCAGUAGUCGAACUGACCCGUAAUAAACCCGAGGUUGAAAGUCCUUGCAGGUGCCCCCGGUGUUGCAGUAACCCGUGUCCAGGGCCUCUGUGGUGCUCCGAUGCCCCUCUCCCACCCCUGAAGAUCCCAGGUGGGCGAGGGAAUGAUCAGAGGGAUCACAAUCUUUCAGCUAAGCUAUUGUAUUCUGACACUCACUUGCUGGUUUUUGAAGAGCCUCCACCCUUGAACAGUCGGGUACGCUUUUUGCUUUUUGAGCGACGCUGCAAUGAAACUAAGCCAGUAGUCUGGAGGGGCUGUCUGACGGGAGUCAAGCUUUACAUCGAGAUUCCUCCUGGCGCUCUUCCUGAAGGCAGCAAGGACAGUUUUGCUCUGUUGCUAGAAUUUGCAGAAGAGAAGCUUCAAGUUGAUUACGUUUUCAUCUGUUUUGCGAAAAAUCGAGAUGACAGAGCUUUGCUGCUGCGGACAUUCAGUUUUUUGGGCUUUGAGAUUGUGAGACCGGGUCAUUCCCUCAUCCCAACCCGCCCUGAUGCUUUCUUCAUGGCUUACAGCAUCGAAAGAGAUUCGGAUAAUGAUGAAUAAUGCUUAUUAAUCCCACACUUUAGUGAUUUGUGUUUAUUUACCAGUAAAGAACUUAAAGAUUUUAUGAACAA